GUGAAUUUUGUCACGGUAGGUCAUCACACUAUAAAGGUCAAGUAAACUUGACUCUAACAGUCGAAGGUUAUCACCAAGUCUCAGUUGGAACUAGAUAAUUACAGGUUUUAUACUGCUCUAUUUUCAUCCGAAACCCUCAUUAUGUCUUCAUUACCUGAAGGUUGGAUAUCUCGGAUCAGUUCUAGUAGUGGAAAACCAUAUUAUGUAAAUACAGUUACAAAUGAAUCACAAUGGGAAUUUCCUCAGCAUCCAGCUGUAUCAUCCACAGAUAAAGUUCGAUGCUUACAUUUACUAGUCAAGCAUAAUGAAUCUCGACGUCCAUCGUCAUGGAAACAACAGAAUAUCACUCGAUCUAAGGACGAAGCCUUAAAUUUAAUAAAAAAAUACAAACAACAAAUUGAAUCAGGUGAAUAUACAUUUGAAGAACUUGCCCGUAUCGAAAGUGAUUGUAGUUCAGCUCAAUCUGGUGGUGAUUUAAAUUAUUUUAGUCGUGGUCAAAUGCAAAAACCAUUUGAAGAUGCUGCAUUCAUGUUGGGAAUUGGUGAAAUGUGUGGUCCAGUUUAUACAGAUUCAGGAAUUCAUUUAAUCAAACGAAUUGCAUGAUAAGAGAAUUAUUUUUAACAAAUAAAAAUAAAACAAUCAUGGGGCAAUGAUUAUUGAAUAUAAUGCGUUGAAAUGCUUCAUUCCUCCUCUGUUUUUUUUGUAUUUCAAUGAAAUAAAUAAAGUUAUUACU